AGUAUAUACAGAGUAGAAUCAAACUUUACUGAAUUCUUUUUAGAUGUAUUGAAAGAAGGUUGCUGUGAAACGGGAUAAUACAAUAAAUAUAUUCAAACAUGGAUCCAGAGGAAAUCCACCUCAAAGGCCUCUCAAACUAAAGUAGUUGCGGAGAGUAAUGGCAUCUUCUGCUGCUCUAUGCCAUUCUCCCGACCUACCGGCUCUCAUAUUUUGCUUUCUCUCUUUCUGAAACAUUAAAGCGCGCUCAUCUGGUCCUCUAUGACUAUAUUUGUCUGCUAUCCGCGUCCUUAAAUUGUCUGGCCGCCUAGUUUCGCGGCGGAGCGCAGUGGUUCAGCAUGAAGAUUUUUCGGAUAUUUAACAGAAUAGGAGCUCAACAAGGUUUCUGUUCUGUUGGGCACUUACUCCUUCUACUUUCCUUUAUCCUUUCAGUUGUCUUCUUCACCACUUCUUAUGCCGCCUGUUCUAACGGCACUUGUCAGCUCCUGGAUUCAUGUUCUGCCCCCACGGACUGUGGGCAGGGGCUUUACUGCGGGAAUUGCCCUGCCAUGGGGAAGAAUCAACCAUUUUGCAUUAGAGGACAGGCCACUAUACCCACUUCCAUUGUGAGUGGGUUGCCCUUCAACAAGUACUCAUGGCUGGUGACACAUAAUUCAUUCUCUAUAGCUAAUGCUCCAUUACUGACAGGAGGACAAAGAAUUACCUUCAUUAAUCAAGAAGACUCCGUUACCAACCAGUUAAUGAACGGAGUUAGAGGAUUCAUGUUGGAUAUGUAUGACUUCGAGAAUGAUAUUUGGCUUUGCCACUCCUUCCAUGGCCAAUGUUUCAACUUCACUGCUUUUGAACCAGCGAUCAACACACUUCGAGAAAUAGAAGCUUUUUUGGCUACAAACCCUUCUGAGAUAGUUACCAUUAUAAUUGAGGAUUAUGUACAUAGGCCUAAAGGUUUGACCGAAGUGUUCAACGAAGCUGGACUGGACAGAUAUUUGUUUCCAGUAUCUAAGAUGCCAAGAAAGGGUGAAGAUUGGCCUACUGUAUAUGAAAUGGCUUCUAAAAACUACCGUUUGCUGGUUUUCACCUCUGAUUCUUCGAAAGAAAGAGAAGAAGGAAUAGCCUAUCAAUGGAGGUACAUGGUGGAAAAUGAGCCUGGAGAUCCUGGAGUGAGAGGCUCGUGCACUAAUAGGAAGGAAUCAAAGGGACUUAAUUCAAGAAGUGCAUCUCUAUUUCUAAUGAAUUACUUCCCUACAAUUCCUGAUCAAAAUGAAGUUUGUAGAGAGCACUCUACUGCACUGGUUGAUAUGGUUAGCAGCUGCCACAAAGCAGCUGGGAAUCUGAUGCCAAAUUAUGUGGCGGUAAACUUUUACAUGAGGAGUGAUGGAGGGGGUGUUUUUGAUGAGCUGGAUCGAAUGAAUGGUCAGUCUUUGUGCGGAUGCAAUACAAUCUCUGCUUGUGAGGCUGGAGGACGUUAUGGAGUUUGCAAGGACAUUGCAGCGUCUAGUAGAACUCCAGGGAUAAACAGCAACGGAGGAAGUUUUUCUGGGUCGGUCCAAAUGACAGGGUCAGCUGCAUCCACGAAGCUCACAAAUGCAAUUUAUGUUUUCUUGAUCUGCUGGCCCUUGAUGAUCCCAUUUUUACUAUGAUUAUUGGUCUGAAAUUGUCAUGGUUUCAUCUUCAAUUGUGGGUUACAGCGGGCAGGCCAUAACAGUCUGAAGUUGUUUUUUGUCGGUUGCUCGAAAGGUGUACUUUCGAUUGGCUGGUUACAAUCAGAAAAAUGAAUUGAAGAAGUCAAGAAAAAAUUCCACGCUUGCGGUGUGCAUUGUUAAAAUGUGAAGUUUGUAUUUAAUUUCUCUCAGACUUCAGUGUCAGUCAUUGGCUGCCUGUAUUAUGUAUAUUAGUUAUUUGAAAAAAAAAAAUAGUUAUUUAAGAAGCAAGAAGUAUUGAUCUUUACAAGAAUUGCUUGACGUCAGCUAGAAGUAUUAACCUUUAUAAACCCAUCUCUGCACGAUAGUUGCACAUUAACCCUUACAAUUGUGUUGUGUUAUAUUGUCUUUUUUAUGAAAAAAUUGC